AUGCCUCCUCAAGGUAAGCAUUUCUCCAUCUAUCCUAUUCGCUAUACUGACAACAAAUAUCAGGAUUCCCACCAUCUGGUGCCUCUCAAGCAGCCGAAGAAGAUCCGCUUUGGUUGCCACCGAGAGAAUGGGACGAAGCAGAGCAAAACUGGAAAGAGGGGAAACAAGUCUUACAACAGGGCUUUCAGGGACUGGGUGCUCCUAGCUUUGGAGGAAACGAUUUUCGACGUCAAGAACAACCUACUCAAUUUUUCUCAAGUUAUCAGUCACAAUAUGCAAAUGAUGGCAGGCCUCAGAAUUGGCAAACCCAAACACCCUCAUAUUCAGGUGGUUCGACUCCUCAAAGUCAAUCCCUGGGUACUUAUGGAACUCUUUCACCUCCAAACGGCCGAAUGAAUAUCACUCAAAGCACAUUACCCAGACAACCAAAUCCAUUUGGUGCGCACUCAGGAAUGAGCCACUAUGGAAAUCUAUCGCCACCACCAAUAUUACGUCCUGGUCCACAUCCCUCAAGCCAGCCUCCAAACUAUAGCAACUAUGAUCCACCUAAUAACACAAACCCGUCGCAUGAAAGUAUCACUUCAGAAGCACCGACAGGAAUGAUGAAUCAAGUUCUUGAAACAGCGUCAGGUUUCCUAGGAAGAAGGAGGUUCAGCACUUCAUCGAUUUCAAGCGAUGACUCCCUUUCGAAAAAGCAGUCUGCGCUGAACUUUCUGAAUCAGAAAGCUCAAGAAGAGCACAAUAUGCUUUCUGAGUAUCCAGAAUAUGUACCGCCGGUUCCUGAGAUACCUUAUAUCCCAAAACGGCAACAGCAGGGUGCAUUGAUGGGGAAUGAAAGUCAGCGUUAUGGGACUUCUGCGAGUCAUUUGCAGUGUUCACAGAAAGAACAGAAUCAACCGAGUCGCAUUCGGUAUUCCCAGCAGGAAUGCGGAAUACAGUAUGACAAUCCCCAUCAAGGAGAUCUGCCGGAGAACCAGGCGCAACGGCAAUUUGGAACGGGGACAGCACUGGAUUAUGGACCAGUUCAGCCCGGGAUUUCAUAUCAGCCGCUACAACAACAAUUGCAACCGCCUACGGGUCAAGUAUCAGCACCGCUCGCUGUACAGCAACCUGCCAACACAAAUGAACAAGCUCAGCAAUACUCUGCGCAAGACCUCACUCUAUCAAUGCCAUCAAGGCAAAACAUGUCGAAUUAUGGCCCCCUUCGAGCUGAGAUGCCUUAUAAUUCUCCCAUACCACCACGCAGCCAGGAUGGACAAGGUCAACCACAAAGUCAAGGAAUGCUGAAUAUGGCACCAGGACAACAAGAUCGUUUUCCUGGGGUCACAACAAAUUUGCAGCCUCCGAAGCCGACUGGAAAAGACGAUUAUGGACCAGUGCAGAUGGGAAUUUCAUACAAUGCUUUGCAGCAACAGCAAGAAGCUCAAAUUAGUAGUGGUGAACAAUUGCAUAGUACGCCAAAUAGAACCCAAUUACAAGUAGCCCAACAACACAAUGCUGGAACUCCAGAACAAGGGUCGAUUACAGGUCAUAUAUCCGCAUUUGCUCCUCAGCCUGGACAACAGCCAUUACAAAGAGCAGAACAACAAGCGAAAUAUGAACCUGUUCAAGAUGGAAUUCCUUCUCAAAUUCAGCAACAGCAACAUCGUAUCCAAGCAGUUCAAAAUCACGAACGGCUUGGAAACUCUAGUAUAGGACAAGCUGUUUCUGGUUUAGCUGGAGCAGCUACAGAUUAUUUACUAUCUCAGACUUCCCAAUCCGGCAGAGAUCAGUCUUCACAAUACUCCAAUGAGUUGCAAGCAAAGUUUCGACAACAGCAAGAAGCUCAGCAAGCUUUUCACCCUAGUAGGGACCAGCAGGUUUUGAGGAUGCAAGGUAUACAACAAGGGGAAUUGCAGCGAAGAGGUGCUAUCUAUCAACACGGUAUAGCCCAAGAGGAAGUUGCACACCAACAGCAAAGCGCAUUAGAGAACACUCAACAAUCUCAAAGUAGAAUGCCGAAUUAUACCCAACAGCAAAGUCAAAUGCAGCACAGCCCAGGAAAUAGACAGCCAGAACAACACCUUCCAGUUCAUCAGCAACCAGGAGAAAGCGGACAACCUUAUAGACCUAACCAAAUGCCGCAAUAUGGAAAUCAAGCUCAGCAAGCACCCAAAAACGAACAACGUCAGCCUCACAUAAAUAAACUCCCUCAAGUAUCUCAGCAAGGGAGUGGUGAUCACCAGGAACAGCCAAAUACGACUCCUCUGAAACAACUCCCACUUCCGCAGACAGCAGCUGCUUCAAAUCAGGUACCUGCAACCAAACAAAUGCAACCACAAAAUCUGCCUAUCAUCCCAAAGCCAACACCGGCUCCAAAAGCCGACCUUCUACCAAAGGAGGCUCAUACCACUAAGCCAGCUCCACAGUCAGAAAGGCCAGCAGCUCCAAAAAUGCCUGCCGCACCAAAACAAUCGCCCGCUCAAAAACACGGUCCUCCUCCAAAAGCAGCUCCUAUACCAACACUGAAUCAACCAAAGCAAAUGCCCGAGACGAGGUCUGCGCCUCUUCCUAAUGAAACAACUCCUCCAAAGAUGCCUUCCCCUAGAAAACAGUCGCCUCUACCCAAGACCGAAGUUCCCAAGUCUAUUCCUCCUGCCAUAAUACCCAAGCCUGCUAAAGAAACAUCGAGUCCUAAUACUCAGGUACCGGCUCAACAGAAACAGCAAUCCAGCCCCAAGAAUAUGAGUACCCGGCCUCAGAAACCCUAUCAGAUUCCUAAGGACCAUGAACAAAAGCCACUUGAGGCGAAGUUUAUGCCAAACCCGGGUCAUGAUUCGAAGCUGAGAGAUGUCCAUAGUCCACCACAUGAGAAAGAGAAGGGUGAUCAUUACCCAUCUACGAUUAAGGUACAACAUGGCCAGAAGUUCUUGUCUGAGAAGAAGCAGAAAGACAUGAGUCAUCAUCCAGAAAGCCGGCUUAGAGGUAUGAAAUCGGAUAACUCACACAAUCCAGUUAGAGAUGUGGGGACAGAAGGCCAUGUGAGCGACGACGAAACCAUAAGUGGAGAGGGGCAACAAGAAUCAACUUUCAGUUCUUGUUUACUGUCAAAACACGAGUUCAUGUCUCAGAGCCAUAGUGAACGGUACCCCUCUGAUUGGAAUGCAGAGAAUAGGGACGAGUGGAAGGAAGAUGGAUCCGAAAAAAAUAAGUCCAGCGAUACUGAAUCGGAGCAAGAUGAAGAUGAGGUCGGUCUGCAACUGUCAGAUGAGGAUCACUUUGGCCGGGGCGAGCUGAGUGAGCGUGAAAUAAGCGAGCGCGAAAUAAGCCAUGGGGAAAUAAGCGAAGAUGAGGUUGAAGAACCCCAAUCAGAAUCCCACGAGUCUCAACCCCAAGAAGAACAUUCCGACCAGCGCACAGAAAAAAUAAAUUCCAACACUUCCGUAACAUACAUAAGUAUCUUCAAGCAAUCCAGCACUUACACCGAUCGUAUUUUCCACUCCGAUGGCUCUCAAAAGACCCAGAAGGAAAUUGAGAAGUUCCGAGAGGAGUGCAAGAUCGAUGAUAAUGACCGAAGUCCAGAACCUGCAAGGACUUGGUUUGAAGAGAGUCCGGAAUUGAGCGUGGAUGGUGUCGAGGGUACAUCUGAAUCUGGGGAGGGAUCUGAGCUUGAAGAUUUGGAGGGAGAUGACCGGGAUGGCUCUCUACCCGAGGGUGUGGAUGGAGAAGAGGAGAUUUCUGUGAUGGAUGGUGUUGAGUAUGAUGAGGAGGAUGAGAGGGAAUGCUUGAUUGACGGGGAUGUGGCGCCUUUUCCGGUAAUGUUGUGGUUCGCACGACUUCGUGGCCAACAGGAUGGGGAAGUAAGUGACGGGGAAGAAGAUGCUGCGAGGUUGGGCGUAAAUGGGGAGGUAGAAAGGUCUCAAGAAGAAGCUUUCGAUGAUACAGGAAAUGGGGAAGAAAAUAAAAUUCCCUACGAUGAGAAAGACGAACAGGAUUGUAUGAUUGAGGAAGACCUUGCACCAUGUCCUGCCGAAUAUUGGUUCAAGAGACUACGCGGGAUGUCUUCAAAUUUCGAUCUAGGUGAUACCACUGAGAGAGGAGUGAUGGUCGAGUCAAGUCCUGAGGAUUCGGCAUUACACAAUGAGGAGGGGGAUGAGGAGGCUGCCAGGAGCGACUACGAAGACUCAUUACGAGGGAAUUUUGAACACGACGAAGAUGAUGAGAAUGAUCACUUAGUUGAGAAUGAUCUCGCACCAAACCCAGCUAAGUGGUGGUUUGAGAAAUUGAAGGGAUUGCAGGGAACUGGGUCCGAUGGAGAGGUAUCUGAUGAGGAGGUAAGUGUUUCCGGAUCUUAA